AUUUGCAUACCGACAUUAAAAAUCAUACUAUUAAAGAUUAUGCUAUAGAAGUUACAGAAGAAUAUGUAAAAUAAGAAACGUGGGGUGAGAAUGUGAGAAAUUCCAAUAUUCACUACACGCAAAGAAGUAGAAAAGGAAGAAAAAGGCGUAGAAAUAUCGGUACGGGAAGACCUCUCUGAUGGCCUCGUCCUCUCAUCGUUGUGCACCAUGCACUGCACGACCUACGCAGCGCGACAGGUCGCGGCGGGGCGAUAACGCGAUGCAAGCGUGGAACACACUUCCUGCUUUGCGCGUGAGAAUAUUUGUCAAACAUAGGAGAGGACACUACCUGUGAGUACCGGGUACGUCACGUGGUGCAACAAAUCAGAGAAGGCACCAGCACUCAUUCAGUGUGUGGUGCUGUACGUGGAUGUCACACACUCCAGCUCGCUGAACGCGUAAGACGAUAAAAGCAUGGCGGAGUUUGUGUUCCGGAGGGAGGAGGAGUGGACGGCCAAAGACCUCUACGACACCUGGCGCACCUCUCUUCCGAUGCUUGUCAUCGUCAACAAGGGUUUCUACGGCAACAGGGAGGAGUUGUCCUUCUGCACAGGACAGGUGCUGCUGUUGCACAGAACCGACGUGCAGGAGCGCGCCCUGGUGUACGACAAGCAGGGCAAGACCUUCAGCAUCCCCCUCGACUACAGCCACUACUUCGCCGCUAACGACUCACAAGAGGAAAUGAGCUUGCGGGAUAUUAUCGUAAAACACGGUGUGCCUGUGAGGAUUCGGUUCGCGGAGUCCGGCGUUCAUACCAAAGAGAACAAGUCCCUCUGUGACACCUUGAACGUGGCGGCUGUUCUUCAGGAACCUUUCUUCUUGGCCAACACGGUCAAUCAAGGGAGACUGUUGGAAUCGGUGAUUACCGUGCCGUUGUACCUAAAGGAAGUGACGUUUUGCCGAAUAACGGAUCUAGUGGACAAAACUCGUUUCACUGGCCUCCAGGACUUCAUGGCUUCCAUAACUGGACAGCUUUGUCAAGUUGAUUUCACUGCGGAGUACGGUGACAAAGAGAUGGUAAAACUUUCAGACAAAACCGUGACUCCAUCAGCCAACAUUUAUCCAGACAUCGAGACCAACGUCUACAUUAACAUCAAACAAACAGGGUAUCGUCAACCUCCUCCACCAAGACCAAAAAGCACAUCAGUGAUACCUGAGAGCAAAACAGUAAAACCAAAGCCUCAGCCACCUGAGGGGCAGAAAGAACAACUGUGCGUCAACAUUAACCGUGACCAGAUGUCACCAACAAGCAAACUCCCUCCUAGCACACCGCGCCGUCCUCCGCCCCCUGUUCCAGUUGAUGAACACCUGGACACUUCUAGCGCUGCGCCGUCAAACGCUGAGCAGCAAGGCUCCAGUAUCUACGAGAUUCCAGAGCCUGCGAGCGGCCAGACACGCGUAUCGCUGGUUGAAAAGGGAAAAAAGGUCAUGCAUAACCUCCAGAAAGAACAGCCAAAUAUCGUGAAGUCUGAGCUUGACAAAGCUUUAGCAAAAAGACGAGAUCGCGCUCGGGAUGGAGAUGCAGGGUCCGUUCCCAAAACAGAGGCUGAGGCUUUUAAAUGUAAAAAGGAUUCGGAAAUUCCCUCAGUCGCUCCAGUAGGGGUUGUGUCUCUGUCUAUGCGACCAGUUGGCGAAGAGUCACCAGUUCCUGUGGGCUUUGCUCCCCCAGGCUCAGCGGAGGGCAAAGAAAGUCGUACAGAUGAAAAAAGAUCCAAGACUUCAACAGAGAAAACAGCCAUUACCGCCCCCAAGCCAUCAGAAGCAGCGCCUCCUGUGCUCAAUAGUAGCAUGAAGCCCCUUGCCAUGACACCGUUGAAGACGGACGUUAUGGCGGAUUCCAAAGAGAAACGAAAGAUUCCCAAAUUAUUCGGAAAGUCUGAAUCGGAGGAAGGCGACGACAAACCCAAAGUCUUGCCGAAGCCGAAGAUAGGUCCGCUGUCGUUCGAGCCUGUUCAAAUGGAAGCUAAGUCGGCAGCGAGCGAAAGUACGUAUGUCAAUCAGCAGCAGAUGGCCAUGAUCAGGCCCACCAUCAGUUCAAAAAUAACCGAGACAGACACCUCUAGCUCCAAUGGCCUCGAGCCCAAACCCGCUGUGACAUCACUUCUGGAGGCUACCAACGCGAGCGGUGGAGCGUCGUCAGUGGAGAAGUCGGGUGCAUCACAGUCCAACUCUCUAAGAGAGACGAACGCCGACGAAAAACCUUGGCCGCUGACUCUGAACCAGAUGACCAUAGCUCAGGUCACAGAUGUUCUGUCGAAACUAAAGUUGGAGAAGUAUGUGGCGAAAUUCCAAGAGGAAAUGGUCGAUGGCAGUGUAUUAAGCCGGCUGAAUGAUGAUGCGCUUAGCACAGACUUCGAAAUGCGCCUCGUGGAAGUGGCUCGCUUGCGGUCCUUUGUAGAGACAGGGAGGAUACCGAUGUAGUCUAGGUUUUGUUGAGACAGGAAAAUAGAGAUAUAGUCUUGGUUUUGCAGAGACAGACAAGAUAGAGAUGUAAUCUUGACUUUGCUGGAGACUGGUAGUCAUCUGAGUUUAAUGUUAAUAGAGAUUGCCAUGAUAGCCACCUACCUAGGCAUUGCAUCAUGUAACUCCAAAAAGCUAGAUCAAAUUUUCCUCACAGAAACCUAUCAAGUGUCACUUUUUACAUUUUUGGUGUUUAUACAACCUACACGGUUUCUCUGCGUGGCUCGUGAAAAAGAUUUGUUCAAAGAAACUACAGUACAUUUGGAGCUAUGUGAUGUAAUGAACACUGGCAGAACCUUGGGGCAUUUACAAGUAGUUUGUAUCCAUCAUCAACUCAUUGAACCAAAUAUGAAGCACACUUUUUCACUGUUAACUCUGUGACAUUUGAUACUGAUAAUGCUAUGAUGUUGAUAUCUUAUUAGCUGUAACAAGGUGCCCAUGGCUAUUACAUUCCAGUCACAACUGUUGAGUGAGGUUUCUGCCAACUGACAGGCAUGAAACCUUGACGCACGAGACUCCUUUUAUCCCAUCCUGUUUUUUCAUCCAUGUCCUUUCAUAGGCUUCUAUAUAUAUAAAACUGGUCCUUAAUUCUUGAAUAUUUUACGUCACGUAUUUUCACAAAUCAAUUGCUUUUCCCCUAUCCAUUUAUCUGCACUAUUAGUAUCCACCCACAAUCCUUUUUUGCAUUAAAGCAAAUGCAACAUCAGUU